CCAGCCUCCGACUUGGAUAUCGUCAUUUCCCGCUACGCCGAGCCCGCAGCUGAAGUCGCCCGAACACUAGAUACUCUCCUCGCCGCAGAGAGCAUCCGCACAUUACCAACCCGCCGCGUACUUAUCUACAACAAAAACACCGACACCGCCGAUUUCGAACGAGACCUCCUCACCCACCUGACCAGCAACGUGAACGUCUCCUGCCACGCCCUCGAGAACGUCGGUCGCGAAGCCGACGCCUACCUCCGCCACACCCUACAGAACUGGGACAACCUCGCGCACCACACCCUCUUCGCCCAAGCUGAGCUCGACGGCUUCUCCGAAGUCGUCCCCUGGAUCGAGAAAUUCUUCGUCCCCGAAACGGGCUUUUUGCACCUCUCCUAUGAAGGGCGCAUGUGCGCCAAUUGCGCGCACUGCGGCUCCUGGACCGACGAUCCAAACGUCAUCUCCACCCUCUUCAGCCUGUCGAACCCGACCAGACAAUGUCGAAAUCUCGUCUGGACCUUCCGCGGCCAAUUCAUCGUCUCCGGCCCGCGGCUCCGCGCGAACGGAAAAGGCAUCUAUGAGCAACUCAUCCAGAACCUGACGGAUCCAGGGAAUGCUAUGCAUGCUCCGGAGUAUGUCGGUGGGGUCUGGCAUAGCGCCCAGCAUGACUCGGUGAAUGAUCCGGUCUUUGGAUUCACGGUCGAGCGAUUUUGGGGCAUUCUCAUGCAGUGCUCCGAGCCGCGGGUGGGCUUUCAGAGUCCUAGUGCGUUGGCGAUUAUGAGGAGGCCGACGUGGCUGCCGGGGGGCUAUGGGGUUGAUCUGGCGCAGUGUUUGGAUAGACCUAGGGAGGAGUUGUAG